CGCCAGUCAAAGCGGAAGUUGCUAUCCUGCUAAAUAUGGUAGCUGAACUUGUGCUCGUACUAGCCUUUAAGCAAGGUAUCCUCCUCUGAAUCCCCGAAAUACAUUAGCCACAGGACAACUUUGUUUGGACGUCGUAAAGGACCAUUAGCCUUAACUGAAUAGAUAUAGCUAGCUACAUACCUACCUCAUUUUCCACGCGGAAAAAAAUACGUUAGCUGGGAUUUUCUACAAGGAAUCUGCAGGACAACAUGAGUGGAGAGAAGGAAGCAUUGCUGGAAGAAAUCGAACAGAGUUUACACCCUCUAACAGAGGAUAAUUUACGACACCUGUGUGAACGCUGUGGAAUAGAUGGCUCCCAAGUUAAAGGAAAGAACCAUCGCUUGUUGCGCCGUAAAAUCAUGGAGGAAAUGUGGGAAAAUGCAGAUUCAGUCAAAUCGGAGGAGCAGGGAAUGUCUUGGUUACUCCAACUGAAAGAUGACAUCAGAAAGAUGAAUGAAGAAUCUAGUGUGGCACCCAUGAGUUCCAGCCAGUCUGAUGAUGACGACGACGAUGCUACAACCUGCGGUGAGGAAUUGGACAAGGAUUGGUUUCCUAGCAACGGGCUGGAGGCGGAGUCAUCUCCAGAGAGGCAUACCCCAGAGAGUUCCAGCCAGUCUGAUGAUGAUGACGACGACGACGACGAUGCUACAACCUGCGGUGAGGAAUUGGACAAGGAUUGGUUUCCUAGCAACGGGCUGGAGGCGGAGUCAUCUCCAGAGAGGCAUACCCCAGAGAGUUCCAGCCAGUCUGAUGAUGACGAAACGGGGGACAACCCUAAUGGUCGCUCGCUCAGUGGGAGGGUCUUAUCAUCUGGGAAGGCUCCAGGGUUGAAAGUGAUCCAGCGACCUUAUAGCUGUGAUGUAUGUGAGAAGAGUUUCACUCAAUCAGGAAACCUACGAAGACACCAAACGGUACACACAGGAGAGAAACCUUACAGUUGUGAUCAUUGUGGGAAGAGUUUUGCUCAACCAGGAGCCCUGACUAUUCACAAGCAUGUACACACAGGAGGGAAACCUUACAGCUGUGAUCCGUGUGGGAAAAGCUUUUCUCAUCCAGGAGCCCUGACUAUUCACAAGCGUGUACACACAGGAGAGAAAUCUUACAGCUGUGAUCAAUGUGAGAGGAGCUGCAGAGAUGCCACAGCCCUGAAUGAACACAUGCAUACUCACACAGGAGAGAAACCUUUUCACUGCCAUGUCUGUGGAAUUAGUUUUUCUCGACAAAGCAACCUGAAUGUACACAUGCAUACACACACAGGAGAGAAACCCUUCAGCUGUGACCAGUGUGGGAAGAGAUUCACUCAGUCAGGACUGCUGACUGAACACAAGAGAAAACACACUGGAGAGAAACCUUAUAGCUGUAAUCUAUGUGGGAAGAGAUUCGCUCAGUCAGGAAACCUGACGAGUCAUCAGAAAACCCACACAGGCGGAGAGAAAAAUUAGGCGGGUGGAGAGGGAACCCACACAGGAAAGAUACAGGAAGAAUCUACUGUGGCACCCAUGAGGCCCAGCCAGUCUGAUGAUGAUGAUGAUGAUGAUGAUGAUGAUGCUACAGACUGCGAUGAAGAAUGGGACAUGGAAAACAAGGAUCGGUGUCUUAGCAACGGGCUGGAGACGGAGUCAUCUCCAGAGAACCACACCCCAGAGCAGAGGCAGAGGGGUGACAUGUCUCUCCCACCCGCCUCCCCUCUCUCCGAGUCCCCAGGUCCUGCCUCUCCCGCUGGCACAUUACUACUGGGUUUGAAGAGGGUGUUUCUGCGGCUGGUUGACUGCAGGAAAACACUGGGACUGAGUGGAACUACGACAGGAGGAGAAGAGAAGGGAUAUGGAGAUUCAGAUUCGAUGUCAUCAAGUAGGAACAAUGGGGACAACCCUAACGGUCGCUCGCUCAGUGGGAGAGCCUUAUCAUCUGGAAAGGCUCCAGGGUUGAAAGUGAUCCAGUGACCUUAUAGCUGUGAUGUAUGUGAGAAGAGUUUCCCUCAUUUAGGAGAUCUAAAGAGACACCAGAGAAUACACACAGGAGAGAAAUCUUAUAGCUGUGAUCAAUGUGGGAAGAGUUUUGCUCGAACUGAUUACCUAGCUGAACACAAGUUAACACACACUGGAGAGAAGCCUCAUAGUUGUGAUCAAUGUGGAAAGGGCUUCACUCGGCCUAACUGCUUGGCUGCACACAAGCUAACGCACACAGGAGAGAAUCCCUACCUCUGCUCAGACUGUGGGAAGAGCUUCUAUACACCAGCAAAGUUGAAAGAGCACGAGCGAUCACACACAGGAGAGAACCCUUACAGCUGUGAUCAGUGUGGGGAGAGCUUUUCUCAUUCAGGAGCCCUGACUAUUCACAAGCGUGUACACACUGGAGAGAAACCUUACAGCUGUGAUCAAUGUGGGAAGAGCUGCAAAGAUGCCACGGCCCUGAAUGAACACAUGCGUACACACACAGGAGAGAAACCUUUUCCCUGCCAUGUCUGUGGAAUGAGUUUUUCUCGAUGAAACACCCAGAAAGUACACAUGCGCAGACACACCGGUGAGAAGCCUUACAGCUGUGACCAGUGUGGGAAGAGAUUCGCUCAUCCAGGUGAUUUGAAAAUACACAGAGUACACACCGGAGAGAAACCGUACAGCUGUGACCAGUGUGGGAAGAGAUUCACUCAGUCAACAAACCUGACUAAGCACAGACGUGUUCACUCCGGAGAGAAACCCUAAAGCUGUGCUCUAUAUUGUAUGAACUUCACUCAGUCAAUAAACCUGACUCAACCUGACAAAGCACAGAUACGAUUUCUCCGUUCACACCGGAGAGAAACCAUACACCUGUGAUGUAUGUGCGAUGAACUUUCGCUUAUUUGUAUCUUAUUUCAUGGGCUCAUAUUGUCAAUUAAAUCAUGUAGAAUAUUUUAUAAUUGUUAUAAUAAAAGUUAGUUUUAAUUAUA